CAAUGUAUUAUAUUCUCCUUUUCAUCUCUUCAAUUUCAUUUUAUUAAUAUGAAGCGUCUGGAAUCAUGCCACCGAGAAAGAACAGAGACAAAGAGGUUCAGCCAGCCCAGGCUGAACAUGCAGACGACAGCCCACUUCAUUCUGAGGGUGAAAAUGAUCCCAUCACUUUUCUCCCAGUGUCACCUUUAGCGGAACGGUCCUAUGGGAAUCCAGUGUUUAAGGAGAAAGAAGCAGACCGUGGAGGUGACUUUGCUGAAUCAAGUAAUAUGUUUAGAGGUAUGACUGAAUGUCUGGAUUUAGCAUUCAAAGAACAGAACCAGGUUAUGCGGAGACUUGUUGACAGUCAAACAGAAUCUUCCAGACGUCAGGAAGAGUUAGUUAGACAAUGUAUAGAAGAGAUGAGACGGAUCUUCGAGGAAGGCACUAGGGUGAUGCGAGAAACUGGGGAAGAAAGUCGCAGAACAUUGCAGGCUGUUUCAGAACAAGUGGUUGAGCAAGUGCGACAGCCUAGACCUGAGAUUCCUCCUCCAGUCGUUGAAAUGCCCAGACAGAUUCAGGAAGCCCCAAUCCCAGUACUCGGGGGGCAAGGGAAUCAGCCUCAUCCUAACAUUCCACAGCAGAAUUUCUUCAUGGGUGAGGGACAAAGACAGCAUGAACCAAUGGAGGCUGCUGCUCCUGUUGCAGACCAUGGCCAUCAACCUCAGCAUAGGUAUGUUCCGCUAGGUAGGAGGGGAAAUGUAGGUCCUCAUCAUCAACCCUACCCAAGGGAUUUUUUCCAGCCACAAGUUCCUCCAGCCCAGCCGGUACAGCGCGGUCUGCAGAAUCACCCAGCUCAAUUAUUCAAUAGAGAUCAGCUAAUAGAUCUGGUACAAGAAACCUAUGGACCAGCCUUGAGACCAUUGGUGCGUCCAGCCUACAGGAAGCCUUAUCCAGACAUCAUUGAUCAUGAAAAUCCUUUUCCAAGGGGUUUUAAGGUGCCUGAGUUCACUUUAUUUUCUGGUGAGGCUGCAUCACAUGGAACUUAUUACAGUGACCCUAAUUUUGAUCUUGAUGUGGCUGAGGUUGUUACAGACAAGCCUGUUGUUUGUCCAGACCUUGUCAGACCAACUCACCAGCCUGAGACGUCUGUGAGACGUUAUGUUGGCGAGGCUGGAAAACAGUAUACUUUUGAUGUGUCAAAAGCUAGUGAUAUAUUUGACCACCUUAAAAAGAGUGGUCUGAUUAAGCUGCCGCCGGGACAUAAAAUCCCGACAGCGGCUGAAAUUGGAACUAGAGAUUAUUGCAAAUUUCAUAAUUCUUGGAAGCAUUCUAUUGAUAAUUGUCUUAUUUUUCGUAAUGUCUUGCAAGAAAAGAUUGAUAAGGGUUUCUUGAAAUUUCCAGACAAAGCGAAGGAAACCAUGGGAGUGGAUGCAGAUCCUUUUCCAGCUGUGUCUGUGGGUGUGAAUGUUGCAGACCUCAGGAGUGUUGCCAGAAAUCGCAGUCUGCCUUAUGCUCAAAGGAAUCUUGCUGCAGAAGACUUGAGGUGGGUUCUUGAGGCGCAGAGAUCCAGACAUAGCAGGAGCGUCAGUGAAUUUGUCAUGUCUGGUGCUGACAUUACCCUUGGUUUUCCAAGCCAAGAAAGAGGAGGAACCAAUCGUCUAUUUGGUCUGCCAGAAACAGUUACAACAGACCAAGGUACAGUUUUUGUCAGCCAUCAGGUGGAGGCACUUGCAAAGGAAAUGGGUUUCUGUUUGUUAAAUUCUACUCCUUAUUAUGCACAAGCUAAUGGGCAAGCGGAAGCUUCUAACAAGGUGGUGAUUAAUUUGCUUGAAAAAAUGGUGGAUGACAAUCCUAGACGCUGGCACGAAUUAUUGUCUGAAACACUGUGGGCUUAUAGAACUUCACAAAGGAGUUCAACCAAAAUAACACCUUUUGCCUUGACAUAUGGCCAUGACGCAGUCUUGCCAAUGGAGCUAACAGCCAGGUCUUUAAGAGUGAUGAUUCAGCAUAAUCUCCAGUCUGGAGAAUAUGAUGAGGCCAUGAUGCUUGAGCUGGAGGACCUUGAAGAUUCACGUUUGACAGCUUUGGAUAGAUUGCAAGCUCAAAAACUUAAAGUUGCAAAGUCUUACAACAAGAGGGUAAAAGGUAAAAAUCUGGUAGUUGGUGACUUGGUCUGGAAAGCAAUUUUACCUCUUGGCAAGAAAAAUCACAGAUUUGGGAAAUGGUCUCCAAAUUGGGAAGGACCAUUUCGAAUUCAUGAAGUGUUGAGAGGGGGUGCUUAUUGGUUAGAGUCACUUGAUAGAGAGCUACAUCCCAAGAAAAUUAAUGGAAUUUAUCUCAAGCCUUACUACCCUACAGUCUGGGAGGCAAGAGGCUUAGAGUCACAAGAAGCUGUCUGAGCCAGGUUUAUACUUCUGUCUGCAUACAAAUAAGUUGAUUUGCUUUCA